UGCUGCUCUUGCCUUCUUUUUUUCAGCGGCUUUACUGUCACCUGACAAGUAUUAAAAUAUAGCGUAGACAGAAAGGCAUACUUUUUAAGCGCGGUCUUCCUGACGGGGGAAUCAGUUAGUAAGUAAAUAAAUUGGUAUAAGUAAACAGCAAACUUUUCAGAGUCGUCAAUGAGAGACAUCCAGCUAUCUGCAAAAAAGACUGCCAGCAACUGGCAAGACUUAAAAACGACGGAGAAAGAACACCUUUCAUCUGGCUUUUUUCCAUCUGUUGACAAACCACACAGCCAACAAGGUUCACGUUAUAAGAACAAAAGAGACACCUGGGGAAUUGCCUAAAGGAGAAAACAUGCAGUACAUUUAAAAACGAUGGACGUACAUACGUGCCUUUGACAACCUCGAGGCGUCGUCCUUCCACAGAACAGAACUGUUCACAUGAUCUGAGCCAGCUGCAGAAAUGUCUGUCAAAUGCGUCUUGGUCGGCGACUGCGCGGUGGGAAAGACGGCCCUCCUGGUCAGCUUCACUUCAGCAACCUUCCUUGACGUCUACAAGCCCACAGUGUUCAACAACACCGGAGCGGAGGUCUCCAUGGACGGUGUUUUGAUCAGUCUGGGCCUGUGGGACACGGCGGGCCACGACAACUUCAGGCAGAUCCGACCUCGAUCCUACCAACAGGCCGACGUGGUGCUCGUGUGCUACUCGGUGGCCAACCGCAACUCUCUGGCAAACGUGCAGAGAAAAUGGAUGCCCGAGGUUCGGGAGAACUUACCCACGGUGCCCGUGCUGAUGGUGGGCACCCAGACGGACCUGCGGGAGUCGGGUACGCAUCGGGGCAACUGCAUCUCUGCGGCAGAGGGGAGGCGUGUGGCUCAGGAGGUGCACGCCAAAGGCUACUUGGAGUGUUCGGCCUUGACCAAGCGCGGGGUCCAACAGGUUUUCGAGUGCGCCGUACGGACCGCCGUCACCCGCAACAGGAGGGAGGCCAGGCGACGCAUGUUCAGCCUGAACCAGUGCAAAGUCUUUUGACCUUUUAUAGUGGACGCUUCAAAAUUUUCAAAACUUCAAGCACAGAUGAUAAUUAGCCUUCUAACGAGUUCAUACCAAGACCAUUUCAGUUUUGUUACAUCUUGAAUUUUUUUUAUCAUUACAUUAUCAGUAUAUGCAAAGCACUGGUACAUCACGCUUUUAAAAAAAUAUAUAUUUAAUUAAAAAAGUUUGAAUUGUAUUUUAAGGAAUAUUAUUUUUUUUCUGAUGGGCUAGGAGUUAACACAGAAUUGAGUUUGUGUUAUGAUAGAUACAUUUAAGAUAUCUUUCGACUGUCACUGAUCGUAGAUUGGUGCGUUCAUUUCGCCCCACUCAUGUAAUAGGUUUGAUAUUGCGCCACUAAAAAUACAAACACAAUAGACAGAAAUCUAGAAAAAAGGGAGCAUUAUUGUCAAUCUUAAAGUUGAAGUAUAUUGUCAGCAAUGUACAUUUAAAUGUGCUUUGAAGUUAUUUAAAUGCAUUAAAAUCCAUUUUUCAGUUAUUAAAACGAUAAGAGUC